AUGGGGAUUCUGGAAGGGGUGGAGGCGCUCGGGAGCGUAUGGUGGCGUAGCCCUGACCCCCCUGCCCUCAAGGAGCUGGCAGUCAGCUGUGCGCGGACCACUGUCCUAAGCACUUGGGAGAGUACGGCGGAGCAGACCCGAUUCCCCUGCACCUCAAGGAGCCGACCGUCCAGCGACCCAACCAGACGAGAGCAGGCGAGGCCCCGAGCGGAGGAGGCCGGCCCGGACAGCCCAGCGAUGACCAGCUCCCCCGUGUCUAGAGUCGUCUACAACGGCAAGAGGAACAGCAGCCCCCGCUCGCCAACCAACAGCAGCGAGAUCUUCACUCCGGCCCACGAGGAGAAUGUACGCUUCAUCUACGAAGCAUGGCAGUGCGUGGAGCGAGAUUUGCGGAACCAGACGGGCGGCAGUGAGCGGGGCGUGGUGGAGGAGUACGUCGAGAAGGUGCCCAACCCCGGCCUGAAGACUUUCAAGCCCGUCGACCUGAGCGACCUGAAGCGCAGGAGUAUACAAGACGCCAAAAAGUCCUAAGGGCGGCGGCAUCCGGGACAGGAGUGCCCGGCUGCGCCCCUUCCCCGCCCUCCCCUCCCCACCCCGCCA